UCACUUCCUUUUUAACUUCUCCUCUUUAAGAUGGCGCCGAAAAGACAGCAGCCUGUAGGGAAAAAGAGCAGGAGAGGAGCUGCAUGGAGGUUCACGUUGGACUGCACGCACCCUGUGGAGGAUGGCAUCCUCGACUCGGCCAACUUUGAGACGUUCCUCAGAGAGAAGGUGAAGGUUAAUGGCAAAACUGGAAAUCUGGGUACCGUGGUGCAGAUUGCUCGGCAGAGGAACAAGAUCAGUGUCUCCUCAGAAAAACAGUUCUCAAAGAGGUAUCUGAAAUAUCUCACAAAGAAAUACCUGAAGAAGAAUAACCUACGAGACUGGCUGCGUGUCGUGGCGUCUGAUAAAGAGACGUACGAGCUGAGAUACUUCCAGAUCAGUCAGGAUGACGAAUCCGAGGUGGACGAGUGAAGCAAUGGCGUGGUGAGAGGAGGAGGAGGGCAAGGAAGAAGAUGGAACAAAUCUCAUCCUUUAUAUAGUUUGAUUUUGUUAAUAAAUGAAAAUUUACAGUAAA